CGAAGAUGUCGGCUCAGUCAUGUGAUCAGCUGUGCCCAAUCACAGCUGAUCACAUCUCGAGAGGAGAGGAGAGCUGAUAAUCGGCAUUCCACGGAGGGGACAUCAGUGCCAGCUGUCAGUGCUCAUCAGUGCCACCUGCCAGUGCCCAUCAGUGCCACAUCAAUGCCACAUAUCAGUGCCUACCAGUGCACAUCAAUGCCACAUAUCAGUGCCCAUCUGAGCUGCCUUUCAGUGUCACCCAUCAGUGCCAGUCAGUGCCACCUAUCAGUGCUGCCAAUCAGUGCCACCUAUAAGUGCCAGUCAGUGCCGCCUAUCAGUGCCAGUUAGUGCCGCCUUAUCAGUGUGCAUUACCAUUUUUCUGUGUUACUGAACACUACCAUUUUCCUGGGUUACUGAACACUACCAUUUUCCUGUGUUACCGAACAGUAUGAUUUUCACAGACAGCUCAGUGACAGCAUACUCCACAAGGCUAGAUUGGACUGCAGAUC